AUGAGGAAAGGGAAGAGACAGCUGGUGUGUGUUUGGGUGCUGCUGUGUGUUCUUCUGCUGACUGCAGUCAUAGUGCUGUGUGUCAUCUUCACUCAAGAGAGACAACAGUUCAUAUCCACCACUGAGAAUCUGACUAGAGAGAGAGACCAGCUGAAACAUGAAAAAAAUUAUCUUUGGAGUAGUCUUUGUAAAGUGGAUAGAUGGAAGUGCCAUCAAUCCAGUCUUUACUUCAUUUCCUCUGAGAAGAAGAGCUGGACUGAGAGCAGAAGAUACUGUAGAGAGAGAGCAGAUCUGAUCAUCAUCAACAACACAGAGGAACAAGAGUUUGUGAAGAUCAUUUCUGGUGGUUCUGGAUAUUUCUGGAUUGGUCUGACUGAUAUUGAAGUGGAGGGCAGAUGGAAAUGGGUUGAUGGCAGCACACUGACCUCUGAGUUCUGGGCGUCUGGAGAGCCAAACAGCUAUCGGGGAAAAGAGGAAGACUGUGCUAUUAAUCGUUCAUCAGGAUGGGCUGAUUUUCCAUGUGAUGAAACGUAUAAAUGGAUCUGUGAGAAGAGUGUUCUUAAAUGAAUCAUAACAAUAAACUUUUAUUGAAUAUAUCUCUGUUAAAUAUCAAGUUGUGUGUUGAGUAAUUUUAACAGUUUUUAUUUGAAUGACACUUUAAUUAGGUUAUAAUGUAAAAGAAAUAAAUGAAAAAAAAAACAUUGUAAUAUUGCAACUUUCAAAUUAAACUAUUUAAAUUCACUUUGUUUUGAAUGUUCAGUCAAACUUUGUCACAUCUGAAGAUCAAAACUAAAAUCUGAAUGUGAAAAACAACAGUGAUGUUUCUACAGACUGAAAUAAUAUCAGUAUACACUGAUAUAAUAGAAAUAUUCAUACAAAUAGCAUUGUUCCAAUACUCUUCACCAAAAUGAUCAUGAUUUUAGUUUAUUAUUCAGGAUAUCAGUAAAGUUUAUUUUGAACUGUGA